UGAUCAGCUGUGUCCAAUCACAGCUGAUCACAUAGGAGAGCCGGUAAUCGGCAUUCCGCGGAGGGGACAUGUACACUGAUCAUCAGGGCACUGAUAAUCAGUGUGCCCUGAUGAUCAGUGUGGCCCCAGAAGUGCCACCUGUCAGUGUCCAUCAGUGCCAGCUGCCAGUGCUAAACAGUGCCACGUGCCAGUGCCACAUCAAUGCCACAUAUUAGUGCCUACCAGUGCACAUCAAUGCCACAUAUCAGUGCCCAUCUGAGCUGCCUUUCAGUGUCACCCAUCAGUGCCAGUUAGUGCCACCUAUCAAUGCCAAUCAGUGCCACCUAUCAGUG